UUUUUAUGUAAGGGGAUUUUUUCUUAUUGGGGGGGUUGUUAAAAAAUAAAUAUAAGAGGGCGGCCAUCUUUGUUGCUCUGCCUAGUGUAAAAUAUUUCAAAACGCCCCCCACUUUUUUCUGUGCCGAUUUGAAUAUUAAAUAAAUAUCACACAUUCGAGCAAGAAUACGCUUUUUUGCAUACAAGGACGGACCCAAUGACAGGAAUAUAAUGUCCUCUCCUCUCCGGUCCUGUGAGGAAGACGAGGGCAUGGUGGUUAAUUCCGAGGGAGGAGAUUUUGAUGAAGAAGACGACGACGGAGACCUAGACGAGAACGCAAGCGACAUAAACUCGCCGGCGGCGCCUCGGGAAACUGCAACACCAGCCGCGCCAGAAGAAGAGCCAGAGAUAUCGGACAGAGAGGUCCCAGUCAGGAAGAAAGGGCGACCGAAGAAGAAGGACGCAAAAAAGAAAGAAAAAGAAGGGAAACCAGCCAAAGCAAAAAAGCGCAAGAAGAUUGACAGCGAUGUAGAGAGAGACUCGGACAGAGAAAGAGACUACGGUGACAACUCGGACAGCUUUGCCAGUGACUAUGGCUCUGGAGAAAAGAAGAAGAAGAAGAAACAUAAAGAAAGGAAGGAGAAGAAAACAAAGAAGAAGAAAAAAGACGAUGGGGACCGAGACAGCAGUCAGGAGGAAACAACAAAGCAACCGAUAGAGCAGAAGACUUCAGCCCAGCUGGCGAAGGAGUGGGGUUUGGAGGAUGUUGAUCAUACCUUCACAGAGGAAGACUACAGGGAACUCACCAACUACAAAGCCUUUAGCCAGUUCAUGAGGCCAAUGAUAGCCAAGAAGAACCCCAAGAUCCCCAUGUCUAAGAUGAUGACCAUCCUGGGGGCCAAAUGGAGGGAGUUCAGCUCCAACAACCCCUUCAAAGGCAACGCUGCUGCUGUCGCUGCUGCCGCCGCGGCUGCUGCUAUCGCUGUCGCCGAGCAGGUCUCCGCAGCGACUGCCUCACCCGAGCCACCGCCACAGCCUCCACCAAUCAGAAAGGCAAAGACGAAAGAAGGCAAAGGUCCCGGCUACAAGAAGCGCAGUAAAAGCCCUCGAGUCCCUGACAAGAAGAAGGCUUCAGCAGUUGCAAAGGCUAAAAAGAUGGCACCCAUUCGUAUCAAACUGUCACCUAUAGGUGCCAAGAGGAAGAAGAGUUGCUCAAGCGAGGAUAUGGACGAGGACGAGUCGGAGCAGGAGGACUCCAGCGUUCACAGCUCCUCUGUCCGCUCUGACAGCUCAGGCCGGGUCAAGAAGAACAAGAGAGGGCGGCCGGCCAAGAAGAAGAAGAAAAUCCCAGGUGAAGAGGAGGGUGAUGGCUACGAGACGGACCAUCAGGACUACUGCGAGGUGUGUCAGCAGGGCGGAGAGAUCAUCCUGUGUGACACGUGUCCUCGAGCUUACCACCUUGUCUGCCUUGAGCCCGAGCUGGACAAAGCCCCCGAGGGCAAAUGGAGCUGCCCACACUGCGAAAAGGAAGGAAUUCAGUGGGAAGCAAAGGACGAGGACUUUGAAGAUUUCGAGGAGGACAGUGAGGACAGAGUGAUAUCAGAGGUCUGCGCAGGGAUCACCAGCGGGACAGGGGCCGAGGAAGAGGAUGACGAUCACAUGGAGUUCUGUCGGGUGUGUAAAGACGGAGGUGAGCUGCUGUGCUGCGACACCUGCACCUCCUCCUACCACAUCCACUGUCUGAACCCACCACUGCCAGAGAUCCCCAACGGAGAGUGGCUGUGUCCGCGAUGCACAUGUCCGCCAAUCAAAGGCCGCGUCCAAAAAAUCCUUCACUGGCGAUGGGGUGAUCCACCGCCUCCAAUCCCAGUUCCCCCAGCCCCUGACGCGCCACCUGACGCUCCUCCACCACCUCCCAUGAAGGGCCGAGCUGAGCGGGAGUUCUUCGUCAAGUUAGCAGGACAGUCAUACUGGCACUGCACCUGGAUCACCGAGCUACAGUUGGAGAUCUUCCACUCGGUGAUGUACAGAAACUACCAGAGGAAGACGGACAUGGACGAGCCGCCCAGUCUGGAGUACGGCUCAGGUGCAGAGGACGAGAACGGUGUGGGGAAGAGUGAGAAGAGGAGGGCCAAGGACCCCCAGUAUGCCAUCCUGGAGGACAAGUACUUCAGAUAUGGCAUAAAGCCUGAGUGGAUGAUGAUCCACCGCAUCAUCAACCACAGUGUGGAUAAGAAGGGAACAUACCAUUACCUGGUCAAAUGGAGAGACCUGACGUAUGACCAGUGCACCUGGGAGACAGAAGACCUGGAUAUCCCAGACUUUAGGAUUUAUAAAGAAAACUACUGGAGACACAGGGACGCAAUAAUGAAGGAGGACCCAGACAAACCAAGAAGGAUGAGGAGCAAGAACCAGGAUGGAGAAGAAGAGGAGUCUCCUGCCUCGCCAGUCACUGAUCCAACAAUAAAAUACGAGGAGCAGCCCGACUUUGUCACAUCCACUGGUGGGACGCUGCACCUGUACCAGCUGGAGGGUCUGAACUGGCUCCGGUUUUCUUGGGCUCAGGGAACAGACACCAUCCUGGCUGAUGAGAUGGGACUUGGCAAGACUAUCCAAACCAUCGUCUUUCUCUACUCGCUCUUCAAGGAGGGUCACACGAAGGGCCCGUUCCUGGUCAGUGCGCCGCUCUCCACCAUCAUCAACUGGGAAAGGGAGUUUGAGAUGUGGGCGCCUGACUUCUAUGUGGUGACGUACACGGGAGAUAAGGACAGUCGAGCUAUCAUCAGAGAGAACGAGUUCUCCUUUGACGACACGGCAGUCAAAGGAGGGAAGAAAGCCUUCAAACUAAGAAGAGAGGCUCCAAUCAAAUUCCACGUCCUGCUGACCUCCUACGAGUUGGUGACCAUCGAUCAGACGGCUCUCAAAUCCAUCGACUGGGCCUGUCUGGUGGUGGACGAGGCUCACCGCCUUAAAAACAACCAGUCCAAGUUUUUCAGACGUCUGAAUGACUAUAAGAUCGACCACAAGCUCUUGCUGACAGGAACUCCUCUGCAGAACAACCUGGAGGAACUUUUUCACCUGCUCAACUUCCUCACACCCAACCGCUUCAAUAACCUAGAGGGCUUCCUGGAAGAGUUUGCUGACAUCUCCAAGGAGGACCAGAUCAAGAAGCUACACGACCUGCUGGGGCCGCACAUGCUGCGCAGGCUGAAGGCAGACGUGUUCAAAAACAUGCCAGCAAAGACCGAGCUGAUUGUCAGAGUGGAGCUGAGCCCCAUGCAGAAGAAAUACUACAAGCUGAUCCUGACAAAGAACUUUGAGGCUCUGAACUCAAAAGGUGGAGGAAACCAGGUCUCCCUGCUAAACAUCAUGAUGGACCUGAAGAAGUGCUGCAACCAUCCCUACCUCUUCCCCGUCGCCUCCAUGGAAGCUCAAAAAACCCCCAGCGGUGCAUAUGAGGGCUCAGCACUCACAAAGGCUUCUGGGAAACUGAUGCUGUUGCAGAAGAUGCUGAGGAAACUGAAAGAGCAGGGGCACCGAGUUCUGGUCUUCUCCCAGAUGACUAAAAUGUUGGACUUGCUGGAGGAUUUCUUGGACCAUGAAGGUUAUAAGUAUGAAAGAAUUGACGGUGGCAUCACAGGAGCACUGAGACAGGAAGCCAUUGACCGCUUCAAUGCUCCUGGUGCUUGUCAGUUCUGCUUCCUGCUCUCAACCAGAGCCGGAGGUCUGGGCAUCAACUUGGCCACAGCUGACACCGUCAUCAUCUUUGACUCCGACUGGAACCCUCACAAUGACAUUCAGGCCUUCAGUCGAGCCCACAGGAUCGGGCAAGCCAACAAGGUGAUGAUUUACCGCUUCGUGACACGAGCCAGUGUUGAGGAGCGAAUCACUCAGGUGGCAAAGAGGAAGAUGAUGCUUACCCACCUGGUGGUCAGGCCUGGUCUGGGAUCCAAAGCAGGCUCCAUGACGAAACAGGAGCUGGAUGACAUCCUCAAGUUUGGAACAGAGGAGCUUUUUAAGGACGAAGGAGAAGGUAUGAAGAACAGUUCAGGGGAGAAAGUCGAGGAUGAAGGCAGCGUGAUCCACUACGACAAUGUUGCUAUCGAGAGGCUGCUGGACCGAAGCCAAGACGCCACAGACGACUCUGACGUCCAGAACAUGAACGAGUACCUCAGCUCCUUCAAGGUGGCCCAGUACAUGGUCCGAGAGGAGGACAAGAUUGAGGAGAUAGAACGUGAGAUAAUCAAACAGGAGGAGAAUGUAGAUCCUGAUUAUUGGGAGAAACUUUUGCGACAUCACUACGAGCAGCAACAAGAGGACCUGGCCAGUAAACUAGGGAAAGGAAAGAGGAACCGCAAGCCUGUUAACUACAAUGAUGCUGCACAGGAGGACCAAGAAUGGCAUGCUGACAUUUCAGAUAACCAGUCCGAGUAUUCAGUGGGCUCAGAGGAGGAGGACGAAGACUUUGACGAUCGGCCUGAAGGUCGAAGGCAGUCUCGCCGCCAGUUGAGGAAUGACAAGGACAAACCUCUGCCUCCUCUCCUGGCCAGAGUUGGAGGAAACCUUGAGGUGUUGGGCUUUAACACUAGACAGAGAAAGGCUUUCCUGAACGCAGUGAUGCGCUGGGGGAUGCCUUCUCAAGAUGCUUUCUCCUCUCAGUGGCUGGUCAGAGAUCUCAAAGGAAAGACGGAGAAAGAAUUCAAGGCUUAUGUGUCUCUCUUCAUGCGUCACUUAUGCGAGCCUGUGGCUGAUGGGGCAGAGACGUUUGCGGACGGUGUUCCAAGGGAGGGCUUGUGUCGCCAGCCAGUCCUAACCCGCAUCGGUGUGAUGUCCCUUGUUAAGAAAAAGAUUCAGGAGUUUGAGCACAUCAACGGCCGCUGGAGUCUCCCGGAGCUCAAACCUGAGGUCAGCUUAGAUAAAACCUCCUCCAGAGCCUCCUCUCCUGCUGUGAAGACUGCCACGCCCACGCCAGAUGCCAGCUACAACAACACACCAUGCACCUCCAAGCCAGCGACCCCUGCUCCUUCAGAGAAGCUGGAAAAGAACGGAAAGGAGGGAGAGAAGGAGGAAGAGAAAGAGCAAGGAGAGGCGGCAUCUGAAAAGGAGACAGGGAAGGAGAAAGAAGAGGGGAAAGAUGUGAACAGCAAUAAGACUACAGAGCUUGAAGAGCUGUCAUCGUCAACAAAAGAGACAUCACAGACAUCGUCACCUGGUCAGAAAAACGAAGGCAAAGAGGACAGCGACCUGAAAGAUGAGGAGAAGAAAGAAACAACAGACACCUCUGCUACUUCAACAGAGGACAAAAAAGAGGAUAAUAAAGAGGAUACACAAACAGCAAAGCAGGAUGUAGAAGUCAAAGAAGAGAAAUCAGAAGGAGAAAAGUCCAUGGAGGAGAAGGAAAAAGAAAAAGAAAAGCGAGAAGAGACGCCGACAGCAGCUGACACGACAGAUGCAAAAGAGAAGAGUGAUGCAGCUGAUGUGAAGAAAGAGGAAGUUAAAGGUGAAAAGGAUGCUGGGAAAGAAGUAAAAGCAGCAAAGGAAGAGGUGCUAGUCCCUCCAAAGGGGAACGGGAAGCCUCCUACUGAGCGACCUCGCUUUAUGUUCAACAUCGCAGACGGUGGCUUCACUGAGCUGCACACUCUCUGGCAGAACGAGGAGCGUGCUGCCAUCUCCUCCGGGAAGAUGAACGAGAUCUGGCACCGCCGACACGACUUCUGGCUGCUGGCAGGAAUCGUGAUUCACGGCUAUGCCAGAUGGCAGGACAUCCAGAAUGACCCUCAAUUCGCCAUCGUCAAUGAGCCUUUCAAAUCGCAGGCAAAUAAAGGCAACUUCUUGGAGAUGAAGAACAAAUUCCUGGCUCGAAGAUUUAAGUUGCUUGAGCAGGCUCUGGUGAUCGAGGAGCAGCUGAGACGGGCGGCUUACCUGAACAUGACCCAGGACCCGAGCCAUCCAGCCAUGGCGCUCAACGCUCGCUUUGCAGAAGUGGAGUGUCUCGCUGAGUCACACCAGCACCUCAGCAAGGAGUCACUGGCGGGUAACAAACCAGCCAAUGCUGUUUUACACAAAGUGUUGAACCAGCUGGAGGAGCUGCUGAGCGACAUGAAGGCUGACGUGACACGGCUACCAGCCACGCUAUCCCGAGUCCCGCCCAUCGCUGCCCGCUUGCAAAUGUCCGAGAGGAGCAUCCUCAGCCGAUUGGCCAGCAAGGGCACCGAGACGCACACACCCCCGCCCAUUCCUCCUGGACCCUAUGUAACACCGCAGAACUACGGUGCACCCUUUACCCCUGCACCCCCGAGCGCCCUGCACAUGGGAGGGGCCAACUAUAGUCAGAUGCCACCCGGAUCCUUCAUAUCAGAAGCCGCCGGGGGAGCCGCCGGAGGGUCGGCCGCCGCCGCUUGCCAGAAGACCAAGGAGCACGAUGUGGGGCAGCGGCAGCGGGUGGUGGACCUCUGGAAGGACGGCAAGUCGGAGGGCGCCAUCGGGCAGGAGCUGAGGAUGCCAAAGUCGACGGUGCACAGCAUCAUCGUCAAGUACCGGCUCAGCAACACGGUGGAGAACCUGCCCCGCAACGGGCGACCAAAGAAACCCUGAGAGGGCAAGAGGAAACUCAGAGGAAAUUAAAGAAAAAAGAGGGGAUUGAACAUCCUGAAAUAUGUAAAAAAAUAAAGAGAUAAAAAAGGGAGAGAUGGAGACCUGAAUGCACAAGGAAAAAGUCCAAAGAGGACCCAAGGACAGAGCGCUUUGACUCUGCUGGAAUGUAAGGAAUAAAAAGGGAGAAGUAAACCAACUUGAUGGAUCGAUUAAGGACAAGAGGCCUAAAGGAGAGGGCAUAAAAAGUGAAAAAAUGGCAUCCAUUAAAAGAAAACACACAGAAUGAAAAGGGAGAGGUGCAAAGCUGGCCUUGAGAUCACGCACUAAUGAUGCGUGGGGGGAAAAUGAGGCAAGAGAGACAGAAGAAAAAAGAGAGAAGUCCUGUCUGGAACAAACAAAUCCUCGUGCAGAGAGAGAAGACGCUGCUGAAAAACAUCUGACACGAAUGGAAAAGAUGCAAGAGGGUAGGGAAAAAGAUGGUAUGUUAAUGCAAUCACAGGUUUGUCAGGAAUUCAGAUAUGAAGGCCCAAAUGAGGAAAAUAAGCAAAAAAAUGAGGCGUUUUUUAGAACUUCUCAGACAGACUUCUUUUCUCUGUUUCUCUCUCUGCGCCGACAAAGAUUUCCCCCUGGAUCAAUUCUUCAUCCGCCGGCUGACUGAACAAGCCUGUCCCCUCGUUCUGACCCUGCACUCCCUCAUUCCUCCACACUCCUCCGUUUCUUUCUCUCUUACACACAAAUACAGUAUGUAUACAACCUAGAAACCUGCAAAGAACUUAAUUUAUCUGCUGAGUAAAGGCAAAAGAAGUCCAAACUUUAAAUAGAACAGGACAAAGAGGACUCAUAAGAAAGGAAUGCAAAAAAGGAGUUUUCCAAGUAUAAAAACUGUUUCUUGUGGACUUUUUUGCCUGUAAUCUUUCAGUCCAAACAAGCAUAUAAGAACAUUUUAUUUCAUAUUUAAAAGAAACUUGGGUUUUGCCUCUUGAACAAUCCGAAUUAGUGCAGCUAGAACCAAAUGUGAUGGACUGAUUUUGUCAUUUUUAAUGUAUUACAGAGCAUAUGUACUUUUGCACCUUUACCACAGGGGUCACUUAAAGGCAAAUAUCACUCCACUAAUUUUACAUUUCCUGUUUUUAAGCCCCCCUAACAGAAAAUAUCAGUAUUUAUGAGCAGCUCCUCUCCAAAGUUAAAGGCUGUAAUCCUUCAUCGACAGAAAAAAAAAGGGAGACUCACUUUGAAGCCCAAAGAGACUUUUUUCUUCUAUAAGCUUCUUUUAUUGUGACAGCGUGAUGGAUGCCACGCUGGAAAAUGUCCCCCGAUCCCUGAGAAAAUAAAACACUCUGGACUGUGUCAUCGGUUUUCCAGCUCCGUGUAUGUGUGCGUGUGUGCAGUAGAGCUGUACAUCAGCGUGACAUCCCAGACUAAAGAGCUGGACAAACUCCUCUGUAUCAAGAGACGUGAAGAAUCGGUUACACACCUCAUACUUUGGUAGGAUAUCUGAGUAUUUCUAAGGUAAAAUCGUUGUUUUCUUUUAUGCUUUCGGACAAAAAGACAAGCCGUGUGGCCUGCAAUGAGAACCAUACUGUGUGUGCAUGUAGAUUUAAAGGUUGCGUUUAGCUAUGAAUUGACCCUCAUUUUUAUUAGAAUUUGGGCCAAGAAAAAUUCUCAGUUUCUUUAAUAAUUCCAAAGCAAUACAUUUUUGACACCUUACAUCAAGGUAGACUGCUUUCCACCAAACCCAUUAUGUCACAAAUUAAGAUAAACUUCAAAUGUUGGUAGAAUUUUCUCAUUUCCCUUGAAACAUAAUACAUUACUGUCAAAAAUGUGCAAAAUUUAAACUUAAAGAUACAUUUAUUAUGACUUUUUGGAAAUUUUUCAAACUGGUGCUGUGAUAAUGUCACAAGAGUCACAAAUUGUGGCAACCUUUACAACUAUUUUAAGUGCAGCUGUUGUACUAAACUGUCUAUUUGCCCAAGAACAAAGAAAGCAGUCGCUACCUUGUGAACAUGGAGUAGUUUUAACAACAGCAGAACCACAUAACUACCUCAGCAGGUGGUGGAGACCAAAACACAGGCAAAAAGAAAGAGUAUUGAAAUGUCUUAUACACACAGUAUGUACAUUCUGCCACCAGGGUGCGCUAAUCA